AAAAAAAAAAUUAAAUUAAAUUAAAAAUAAAAAUUAAAAUUAAAAAAAUAAAAAACUAAGUUGCUUUAUGGAAGAAAGUAAGUAUAGAAGGAGAGAAAGGGAUCUGAUGACCAAAGCGGGGAAUAAGUGUUUGGAGUCCACGGCAUUCUGAGAACUUCCUGGGAAUAGAGUCUAGGCCCCCAGUACUGUCACUCUCACCCAUCCUCCUCUACAUAUGUGAGAUGUUUCAGGACCCAGUGGCCUUUGAGGAUGUGGCUGUGAACUUCACCCAGGAGGAGUGGACAUUGCUGGAUAUUUCCCAGAAGAAUCUCUUCAGGGAAGUGAUGCUGGAAACUUUCAGGAACCUGACCUCUAUAGGAAAAAAGUGGAAAGACCAGAACAUUGAAUAUGAGUACAAAAUCCCCAGAAGAAGCUUCAGGAGUCUCAUAGAAGAGAAAGUCAAUGAAAUUAAAGAAGACAGUCAUUGUGGAGAAACUUUUACCCAGGUUCCAGAUGACAGGCUGAACUUCCAGGAGAAGCAAACUUCUCCUGAGGUAAAAUCAUGUGACAGCUUUGUGUGUGGAGAAGUUGGCAUAGGUAACUCAUCUUUUAAUAUGAACAUCAGAGGUGACAUUGGACACAAGGCAUAUGAGUAUGAGGAAUAUGGACUGAAGCCAUCUAAGUGUCAACGACCUAAGAAAGCCUUCAUAUAUCGCCCCUCCUUUAGAACACAAGAAAGGGAUCGCACUGGGGAGAAACCCUAUGCUUGUAAACAAUGUGGAAAAACCUUUAUUUUCCAUUCAAGCAUUCGAAGACACAUGGUAAUGCACAAAGGGGAUGGACCUUCUAAAUGUAAAUUUUGUGGGAAAGCCUUCCAUUGUUUCAGUUUAUGUCUUAUCCAUGAAAGAACUCACACUGGAGAGAAACCAUAUGAAUGUAAACAAUGUGGUAAAUCCUUCAGUUAUUCUGCUACCCUUCGAAUACAUAAAAGAACUCACACUGGGGAGAAGCCCUAUGAAUGUAGCAAAUGUGAUAAAGCAUUUCAUAGUUCCAGUUCCUAUCAUAGACAUGAAAGGAGUCACAUGGGGGAGAAGCCUUAUCAAUGCAAAGAAUGUGGAAAAGCAUUCGCGUAUACCAGUUCUGUUCGUAGACAUGAAAGGAUCCACUCUGGGAAAAAGACGUAUGAAUGUAAGCAAUAUGGGGAAGCCUUAUCCUAUCUUAUAAAUUUUCAAACACACAGAAUGAACUCUGGAGAAAGACCUUAUAAAUGUAAGAUAUGUGAGAAAGGCUUUUAUUCUGCCAAGUCAUUUCAAACACAUGAAAAAACUCACACUGGAGAGAAACGCUAUAAAUGCAACCAAUGUGGUAAAGCCUUCAAUCUUUCCAGUUCCUUUCGAUAUCAUGAAAGGAUUCACACUGGAGAGAAACCGUAUGAGUGUAAGGAGUGUGGGAAAGCCUUCAGAUCUGCCUCACAGCUUCGAGUGCACGGUGGGACUCACACUGGAGAGAAACCCUAUGAAUGUAAGGAAUGUGGGAAAGCCUUCAGAUCUACCUCACACCUUCGAGUGCAUGGUAGGACUCAUACUGGAGAGAAACCCUAUGAAUGUAAGGAAUGUGGGAAAGCCUUCAGAUAUGUGAAGUACCUUCAAAUUCAUGAAAGGACAGAAAAACACAUAAGAAUGCCCUCUGGAGAAAGACCUUAUAAAUGUAAGAUAUGUGAGAAAAGCUUUUAUUCUGCCAAGUCAUUUCAAACACAUGAAAAAACUCACACUGGAGAGAAACCCUACAAAUGCAAGCAAUGUGGUAAAGCCUUCAGAUGUUGCAAUUCCCUUCGAUAUCAUGAAAGGACUCAUACUGGAGAGAAACCCUAUGAAUGUAAGCAGUGUGGGAAAGCCUUCAGAUCUGCCUCACACCUUCGAAUGCAUGGUAGGACUCACACUGGAGAGAAACCCUAUGAGUGUAAGCAAUGUGGGAAAGCCUUCAGUUGUGCCUCAAACCUUCGAAAGCAUGGUAGGACUCACACUGGAGAGAAACCCUAUGAGUGUAAGCAAUGUGGGAAAGCCUUCAGAUCUGCCUCAAACCUUCAGAUGCAUGAAAGAACUCACACUGGAGAGAAACCCUAUGAAUGUAAGGAAUGUGAAAAAGCAUUCUGUAAAUUCUCUUCUUUUCAAAAACAUGAAAGGAAGCACAGAGGAGAAAAGCCCUAUGAAUGUAAGCAUUGUGGGAAUGGAUUCACGUCUGCCAAGAUCCUUCAAGUACAUGCAAGAACACACAUUGGAGAGAAACACUAUGAAUGUAAGGAAUGCGGAAAAGCAUUCAAUUAUUUUUCUUCCUUGCAUAUACAUGCAAGGACUCAUAUGGGAGAGAAGCCAUAUGAAUGUAAGGGUUGUUGGAAAGCAUUCAGCUAGCCUGGUUCCUUUUAUGGAUGUGAAUAGACUCACAUUGGAAGGAAACACUAUGAAUGCAAGCAAUGCGGCAAAACUUUCACAUGUUUCAGUUCUUUUCGAUACCAUGAAAUGACUCACACUGGGGAGAAACCCUAUCAAUGUAAGCAAUGUGGUAAAGCCUUCAUUUUACUUCUUUUCAAUGUCAUGAAAGGACUCACAUGGGAGAGAAACCCUAUGAGUGUAUGUGAUGUGGGAAAGCAUUUCUUCUAGUUCCCUUCAAUAUCAUGAAAGGACUUACACUGGAGUGAAGCCCUAUGAAUGUAAGCAAUGUGGGAAAGCCUUUAGAUCAGCCUCGCACCUUCAACAGCAUGGAAAGAUUCACACUUGGGAGAAACCCUAUGAAUGUAAGCAGUGUGGGAAAGCCUUCAGAUCUGCCAAGAUUCUUUGAAUACAGAUUAAUGAAUGUAAACAAUUAACUUUAUCAUAACUGUAUACUAACAUGUUAUUUUUAAAUAAUUAAGAAGCUAUAAUAAAAUAUCCUAUUGGUUUUAUGUAUUAGA